AUGACAUUAGGAUCCUUAUUAACCUCAGAAUUAAAUAACUAAUAAACUAUUUCAAAUAUAUAAUAGAAACGUAACUUUGUAAUAUUCAUUUUAAAAAUGAGUUUAUCUUCUUUGAAGUAUUUCCGUUUUCAUAAUUUUCUAUUAAAAAGUAGUACCAUUGGUCUAGAAUUUGGUCCUGUAAGGUAUGGUCAUCAUAUGAGAGGAAAGCCCCCUGGCAUAGCUCGAUCUAUAGAUCAAAGAUUGGAAGAAUACAAUUACAAAGAUCCUGAACUGAAUAAACGUAUUGAUAUAGGAUUUCCACUAAAUAAAAUUGAUGGAAAAACAAAACAAGAACAAGUAGAAUUUUUGAAAAAAGUACGUUCAAAUGCAAACAUGGAAAAGGAAUCUAGAAAUAGAAGACUUAUGAUUGAUUUGGAUGAAGCUUAUAAGGAAUGGUCAGUAACAAUAGCACCACAACAUUUGAAAAGAAUUGCCGACCAUUAUGGCAUAUUUGAGCACCUUUACGGUUAUGCUUAUUUUUAUCCUAAAGUUGCAUUAGAUGUUACAUUUUCUUCUGAUGAUGUUCUAUAUCCAGUAUAUUUUGGUAAUACCAUAAAACCAGAAGAUGCUAAAAAGAAACCAAUUGUGAAAUAUUCAUGCGAAAAAGAUACUUUAUGGACAUUACUCUUGACAAAUCUUGAUGGACAUUUUACUGAUAACGAUAAAGAAUAUGUACAUUGGUUUAUUGGUAAUAUUCCAGAAUCUAACAUUGAAAAGGGUGAGACUAUCUUCGAGUAUUUACAACCAUUUCCCCCUAAAGGUACAGGGUAUCACAGGUUUGCAGUUGUUUUAUAUAAACAGGAUAAAAAAAUAGAUUUCUCACAAUUGAAACCUGACAAUGUUAGUAAUUACGAUUUACAAGCAAGAACAUUUUCCACUCUAGAGUUUUAUAGAAGCCAUCAAGAUUAUAUGACACCAGCAGGUCUUGCAUUCUUUCAAUCACACUGGGACAAAUCGCUGAAAGAAUUUUAUCAUGAAAAAUUAGGAAUGAAGGAACCAAUAUUUGAGUAUGACUUCAAUCCUGCCUAUAUAAAGCCCCAAGCAUGGUUCCCUCUACGUCAACCAUUCAACCUCUACAUGGAUAAGUAUAGAGAUCCCCAACAAAUAAAUAAAGAAUUUCUACAGCGGAAAUUGAAAAAUGUACAUCCAUUCAAAGCUCCACCGAAACCAAUUCCAUUCCCGAACGCUGAGCCCUGGAGCAAACCCUACGUACCUUCUUGGUUGAAAUUGGAGAUAACCAAGUCUAGACUUAAAUGGGGAAGAAUCAAUGAUAUCGAAUAGGGUUUGACCAUUUUAGAUCAAUAAAUUUUUUCGUUUA